GCGUAACUGCGUAAGAUUUUCGUCUUGAUGAACCCUCGUUAAUGGCGCCAGCGUCGUUCUGGCCUUCUGGGAGAAAACCCCUCCGCUCACCGUCUCCAUUAGCACCCGAGUCGACGCCCCCCCACUUCCGCCCUGAGACUCCCGUAUAGUGCAUUAGCGCAUCGCCAUUCGUCCUCCGUCGAGUCCCGCCGGAGGCUACCGGGCUGGCAACGCCCACCGUCGUCUCUGCGCCGCGCCUCCGCCCGUUUUCCUCCGCCUCCGUGCUCCAGCCAGGUUAGGCGUUCGUUCGUCGAAACCAGGAGCGCCGCCCCUCCCGUCGUCCUUGCUUCCCCGAAUUUCAUCCGCCUCGGUGGUCCAAGCAGGCUCGGCGGCCGUCGAAUCCGGCCGGACCAUUACCGGCGGUUAGCGUCGCUCCUCUCCGUCUCUGCUCCCGUUACUCCCGCUCCUACACAGAAGUUUUGUCGACGCUACUGGCUGGAGAAGACCACGGAUUCGCCUCCAACACUCUACGUCUACUAUCCUCGGAAAAGAUCCGAGGGUCGCCCCCAAUAACACCUGCCAAGAACUUACGGAGAAGAGACUGGAAUCGCCCCCAACACAACAGUACCCACCUCCACAUCGAACAGAUCCACAAUCGUGUGAUCCACCCUCAGUGCAAGAUGAAGCAAAAACUUGAUCACGUUCCUGAACGUGUUACAACAAUUACUAUAUCAAACAGCCAGCAGUUUUAUGAGAUUCAAAUUCCACUUUCAACUGGAGACAAUGGUGGCAUGGCAAGCUCAGCGAACACCAAUGCAGAUGGUACUCAUGAUGCAUCUGGUUCAAUUCAUGAGCGCGUUGUUCCAAGACACCACCAGAAGAAAACCAUACCAAAUAAAUUUCAACAGAAGGGGGCUCAGUGUUCUUCUGCAGCAACCCCAAAGAGGAGAACACCCGAUACCUCACAGCAUGAAGACCUUCUUUCUGGUCCGACCAGACGCUCACCAAGGCUAGCUGCAUCGCAAGACAAUGACGACGAUGAUUUCGAACCAGCAAUAAAACGCCUAAGGCUGAAAGUUCCUGCUCACAAAGAUCCUAAAUCAAAGAAAUCUUCACUUCCAUCCAUACAGGAAGAGGACGAUGAUGGUAUACUGGGUAAGAUUAACUCCUGCUGCACUCCCAAUCAUGUGCUCGAUGCCAUCAAUAAACUUUCAGAACCACAGAAGAAUAGGGUUCACGAGCUUGGUUGGGGUAAAUUUCUAGAAAUCGCUAUAGAUUGUGUGGAGAGCAGGAAUCUAUUUCUUUAUUUGCUGGACAGGGUGGAUAUAGACAGCAUGUUUUUACGGGUCCCACCCAACAUUGAACUACCUAUCAACAAGGCAGCUGUUCAUGCUGUGCUUGGUGUGCCAGCUGGCACAGAGGUAAUUUCUAAGAAGUCCAGCAAGGAACUUUCUAAUGCGAAGAGAGAGCUUAUGGCUCAGCUUGGAAUUGCAACAAACAAAAUCACAGUCCCUCGGCUUUUGGAAGAGGUGGCUAAGGGAAAUGCUGAUGACCUCUCAAUGAAAUGCUUCUUCCUCGUGAUCUUCAACAGGUUCUUGUUUCCAGGGUCAGCAUUUGACAUCGCAAACACAGACUUGCAGUUCAUUAUGGAUUUUCAAAACUUUGGCAAGGUUGAUUGGCAACAGGCUGUGAUAGAUCAUAUCAGAACCUCUGCGAAAGAGUGGCAGUCUCCUGGUGCCAAAAACACAGCUAACCCUACAAUUCGAUCAUGUGCUCCAUUCCUCUUAAUUUACUACCUCGAGAACCUGGAUCACCCACUCAAUGACAACAACCACCGGAUGGUUGUGCCAAGGGCUGCUGUAUUCUCAAAGCAAUAUAUUUCUACGUUGACCAAUGCAGAUAGGUGGGCCGACAAAUAUGAUCGCAUAUGCUACGGCAAACUCCGGCAAAAAAAUCCCGUUGGUUCAGCUUACCAAAAGGUAUACACCAUGCAACAUACUGCGGUCCCUGCAUCGUUCCAAUUACCUCAGUUGAGCGACCUGCUCAAAGGUGUCUUGGAUAAUGUGGCAGCCAGUACAAACCCUCAUUUCCUACAACUUAUUACGACGGUCGACCGUGACAUUCGUGCCAACCAGAAGGUCAUACAUGAGCUCCAUCACACAAAUGAGUGCCUCUUGAUCAAGUUUUCAGAAGAUGUCAAGGAACUACUUGCAAAUGCCUCUAUUCCUACCGUUACAGAGGUUCAACACCAGACCGGGCAGCAGACAAGACCAGAGAGUAGCACACGUAACUUACAAGAGCCUACCUUACAGCGUAACGACAGUAAUUUGGCUGGUCCGAGUCAUACAGAGACCGCAACAGUGCAAGUUGAACAGCCAGCGGAUGCGACACAGCCACUUGCUGGUCUGGGCCACGUAUCUUCAUGUUCAGCUGGUGCGAGACAAGAAGAGAUUGUUGCAUUUCGAGAUGAGCAGGUAGCUGAACAGGAGCAGCCACUCACUGAUCUAGUUGAUGAUCAUAGUGUCAGUAACCAGCGUGCUACUGCAAACGGCCUAAACAUUCUGACAAUGGUCUGCGAGCAGCUUGGGAAGCAGCCCCACGGAUCAGCUCACUUAGAAACCACAUGGAUGAAAAAAUAUGCUUCGAAAAGCAAGGGCAGCCCAGCUCUCGCUUGUGAUUGCGGCGACCUGGUGGUCAGGUCAUCGGGGCGUUGGGCUUGUGCUUGCACGUUUGUUGCGACAGCGGCGGCGGCUAGGCGACAGCGACCUAACGCAUCCGCGUGGCAGGGCAUCAACUGCUGGCAGUGUGGCUGUGCAUCUGGACUGCAGGUCCGGCUUGCCCGUGAGGAGGAGCGGCAUUCUCCAAGGCAUGUGUGCUUGCAGCAGCAGCGUCCGGGCGCGGCGGCCGGCAUCUGCGAGGCCGAGGUGGUCGCAAGUAACCGCGUGUGAGGCGGGUGUCAAGCGGCAGCGUGCGUGAAGAUGGAUUGGCGAGUCGGCGUCGAGCUUGUGCGGCCACACGUGAGCCCGACGUCCUCCACCCAUGCGUGCUUGCAGCAGCAGCGACCAAGCACCGCAGUCGGCAUCUGCGAGGCCGAGGCGGGUCGCAAGCGGCCGCGUGCGAGUAGCAGAACCAGGGCGCGAGAGGAAAAUUGGCGGCGGCGGUGGCGCACUGGAUCCGUGUGGAAGCCGCUCGACACUACUCGAGUCUCCCCAACGGGGUUUGCCUGGUUUCUUCACGCAUCGAUGCUAGCGUCGACUUGGUUUCUUCAGGAAGAAAUCGUUUCUUCAUUUUGUAAUCUUUCUCUUCAUUAAUUCUUUUGCCAGGUAAUUAAUAGACAUAGAAACUAUCAUAAAUACUCCAUUGGACUGCCCUCAUACGUCCCAUGGACGUGCCUACUUUUUACUGAUGUGUUGGGCGGCGUCAUUAAUAUUAAUAUAACCAUAUACCACUGGGUGUGGCUGUUCCUGCUUGUUCCGAAAUAUAGACUACGUACAUGCAAGUUGUGUCGCGCA